UGAUCCUAAAACUUCAUCGAACAAAAUUAAAAUAUUGGUUGCACUUUCCGAUGUUGAAGAUUUUGAAACUCGACGCGCAGCUAGUGGUGCUUUAGCAAUUUUAUCUACAAGUCCUGAUGUUUGUAAUAUGAUUGUUGAUCGACCACGUGGAAUAGAAAUAUUAAAAGACUUAAUUUCUGAAGAGUCAGAAGAAAUGCAACAUCGUAGCGUUGAAUGCUUCAAAAAUAUUUCAAAAGUUAGCAAAGAGAUGAGUCAACGAUUGGUUGAUGCUAAGGUUCAUGAAAAUUUAAAUUUGUUGAUUAAAAAUUGCAAGACUGAACAUGUUGUUGUCACGGCUGUUGAAGCAUUACAAGAAAUCGCAAAAUAUGGUUGUUUACCAAAGAAUGAUGUCAAAUAG